GCCACACAGGGCACGCCCAGAGCUCGCGUGGAGUCACAGUGGACUACAGUGAGCAUUCUGGUAGCUUGUGCUGCUGCUGCUGCUGCUUACACGCCGAGUUAGAUCCCACGGCCGGCUGCGGGUUGACCCCUUUGCUGCUGUGCAAGCUGCCCGGGGGAGGGGGGGGGGGUUCCUUGUCGCCGCCGCCGCCGCCGCCGGUUGCGAGGCGCCAAGGGAGGACAAACCUUCAGCUGAAAGCGGUGCCCGGGGGAGCUCGUUGCUGCUCCACGGGAGUGGUUUGUGUGCCGUUGCGGAGUUGCUGAUGACAACGUCGUGUUCGUGGGGGUGAGGGUUUGUAUGAGGCGGACAGCUGAACGCGGCGUAGCGAGCAAGCAGCACUUGUAGCAGGAGUUCGGCCCCUACCGAGGUGGAUUUCAUUCGUCUGCAGGACACAAGAGCAGAACGUGGAGGGGGGUCCCCGAGUGGUGGGUUGGGGGGGGUUGGUGGGUCCGGGGGGGGGCUGUGGACAAGAUACUCGCGACAGAGGACUCGGCGUGCGCAGCAGCAGCAACAGCAGCAGCAGCGAAGAUGCUGUCGUCCAGAGACGUGGCGAGUGAGCUGGUGGUCGACUACAUCUCCUACAAGCUCGGCCAGCGCGGCUUCGCGUGGCGGGCAGACCCCGUCGCUCCUCCUGACCGCGCCGACGGAGCCGAUCUUGCCGACGGCGGCGGCGGUGGUGGCGGUGGCCUCGACGGCGGCGGCGCACUCGGAGGCGGCGCCGCCGACGCCGUCGUCGGUGGCGUCGGCGAAGUUGGCAACAACCACCAGCGUCACCUAAACCACAGCAACCACCACAGCAAUCACAGCAACCACCGCAGCCACCGCAGCCACAGCCACCGCCAUCACCUCGGCGACGUUGACCCGGUCCAGAGGGCGAUGAGGGCGAGCGGGGACGAGUUCGAGAGGCGCUACAGGAGCGCCUUCGCACAGCUGCCCGCCCAACUGCAGGUCAGCCAGGCCACGCUGAGGGCCCGCUUCUCCGACGUGCUGGACGAGCUCUUCAGAGACGGCGUCAACUGGGGCCGCGUGGUCGCCUUCUUCGCCUUCGGCGGGGCGUUGUGCGCCGAGUGCGUGGACAAGGAGCUGCCCGGCCUGGUGAGCAGCGUCGCCACGUGGAUGACCUCCUACCUGGAGGACCGACUGCUGUGGUGGAUCGACGAUAACGGCGGAUGGGACGCAUUUGUGCAGCUCUACGGCAACGGCGUGGGCACAGAUGCGGCGCGCUGGGGGGACACCAUGUGGCCGUCGUUGCAGACGGUCAUCGGCGUGGCGGCUGUGGGCGCCUGCCUGACCUUCGGAGCGCUAUUCACGCAGAAGUGACGGCCGCUCUCCGCCGACUCAAGCCGCUCUCUUCGCUUUCGUCGCAGACCAGCCAGACCCGCAGCCACCGCUGAUGGACGACGCAGGGACCCCCCCCCUUCACCUAGCCCCACUCCCUUCUCCUCGCCAACGGUGCCCCCCCCCCCCC